AUGGUGACGGCCAUCGGCGGCGGCGGUGGAGUUGUGGUCACGUGUUGUGGGCAGUGCGGCACGGCGUUUCAAAAGUCGAGCGCGCGUUUUUGCAGCCGAUGCGGCGUGCGGCGUGACAUUCCAGCGGCGGUGGCCGUCGCGGCGAGAAAGCCGAAGCCCAAAGAGACGGUUGUGUCAAUGCCACCCUUGGCCUCUGUCGGCAAGGAGUCGGUCUCGGGGCCACCGGCUGAUGGCGUGAAGGGCACGCUGCGGCCGCUCGAUCUAGAGAAGCUCAGCGAGAAGAAGCGAAGUAGCGGCGGCGGUAGUGUGGCCCCGCCGCCCUUGACAGAGGUGUCGCCGUCUGCGCUAGAGUUUCGCGACCCGAGCGAGGCCACCUCCAUCACCACACCCAAGCGGCGAGCUAGUCUUGCAACGGCAGCUGGAGGUGUGCUUUCCUCUGCUGUUGAUGCUUCUCUGACCCUUUCUGAUCAACAGCAGCGGCGGCGCGAGCAGCGCGCGUCUUCCAAGUACGCCAAGGGCGGCUCACUCACCGGGUCACCUCUGGCAUCGAUGGCUGACCCGGACCAGCUUGAGCAUGUGCUCACUUCGUCCUUACAGGAGAAUGCGGCGACGGGAGGCGGUGCGGGCAACGGCGUUGACCGAAGUCGUGUUCCCAUCCUGCCCCCCGAGCAGCGUCCGCCGUCCACCUUUUCACUAUCUGUAGCGCUAGUACGCAGGGACGGGGGCGGGGCAGCAGUGACGGAUGGCGCAGACUUCACGGGCGCCUCGGUGAAAACCACUCCCCCUACAUGGCCGGCGGACGCGCAGGCGUCCACGAGCAACGGCGGCGACACCGAAGAGGCUAUCGCGUCUCUGCGGCCAUCGGCGGAGGAGGAGGCGCAGUACACGGCCUGGGCGACGCUCUCGCCUGACGACCUCACCCCGGAGAUGUUGCAGACUAGCAAUGCCAGCGAGCUGCGACAGUGGCGCAAGGGCAACCUCAUCGGCCGCGGCACCUACGGGUCUGUCUAUCUCGGGCUCCUUCCUGACGGCAGCUUCCACGCCGUCAAGUGCGUGGAGCUUGGCAACAGGAAGGCUGCAGCAGAUCACCUCGGCGCCCUCGAGCUUGUCUCACUCUCGCGCGAGGUCAACAUGAUGCAUCGCCUGCGACACCGAAACCUCUGCACGUUCAAAGGCGUCUACUUUGACUCGGAGAGUGCCUCCGUCUGCAUGUUCAUGGAGUACAUCGGCGGCGGCUCCCUCUCUGCCCUCGUCAAGAAGUUCAAGCCGCUGCCGCCCUCGGUGGUGCGCAGCUGGACGCAGCAGCUGCUCUCCGGGUUACACUACCUACACAGCCAGCACAUCAUUCACCGCGACAUCAAGGGUGACAAUGUGCUGGUCGACACCACAGCCGAUCCAGCCACCCAGUCGCAGAUCAAACUUGUCGACUUUGGCGCGGCGCGGCGGCUGACAGACGCUGUGUCGCAGAGCAGCACCGUGAUCGGCACACCCUACUGGAUGGCGCCCGAGGUGGUAGACGCGUCCGGAGACGGGAGCGGAUACAGCUACAAGGCGGAUGUGUGGUCGGUGGGGUGCACUGUGGCGGAGAUGCUGACGGGGCGGCCGCCGUGGCCGUGCAAGACGAGUGCACCAGCCGCUAUCAUAAUGAUUGCGUCUGCCACCGGGAUGCCGACGGAGAUCCCGGAAGAGGAGGCGACGCCAGGAUGCUUAGACUUCAUGCGCCAGUGCUUCAUCCGCGACCCGGAGAAGCGGCCGACGGUGCAGCAGCUGCUGCAGCACCCGUGGAUACAAUUACAGAUGGAGUAG